GGAGCCUCUGCUGAUCACCUACAGGAUGAACCACAGAGCGGCGGCGGCGGCUCAGAACAACAGCCUGCCCACAGGUUACACCAGCAGCCGAAGGGCCCGCAGCCGGGACAACCUGCUCAUGUACGAUGACUUUGGAGAGGAAAACUGCUGCCCGGGACGUUGCCUCAGCCACGGCACCUCUGAGAGGCAGCUCAUGGCGCGCCUCCUGGCCGUGAAGCGCCGCCAGGCUCUGCGCGGCCCUGCCUACAUGUUCUCCGCUCCCUCCACCAGCCUGUCGGAGGCUGAGCAGCGCUUCCUGGAAGCGGCUGAGUACGGCAACAUUCCAGAGGUGCGGCGCAUGCUGCUGCAAAUGCCCAGUUUGAACGUCAACGCUGUGGACUACAUGGGCCAGAAUGCAUUGCAGCUGGCUGUGGCCAAUGAGCAUCUGGAGGUGACAGAGCUGUUACUGGGAAGGGCGGAGUUGGCAAGAGUGGGUGACGCCCUCCUAUUAGCCAUCAGCAAAGGGUAUGUUCGCAUCACAGAGGCUCUGCUGGGUCAUCCUUCAUUUAGAGACACCCGACGUCUGACAGCCAGCCCCGCCCAGGCGGACAUGCUGGAUGACUUCUUUGCUUAUGAUGAGGACGGGACACGGUUCUCUCAUGAUGUGACCCCGGUGAUCCUUGCAGCCCACUGCCAGGAGUAUGAGAUCGUGCACACUCUGCUGAGCAAAGGCGCCCGCAUCGACCCUCCUCACGACUAUUUCUGCUGCUGCGACUCCUGUAACUACCAGCAGCAGUACGACUCCUUCAGCCACUCUCGAUCGAGGAUCAACGCCUACAGAGGCCUCGCCCGUCCAGCUUACCUGUCCCUGUCCAAUGAAGACCCGGUGCUGGCGGCCCUGGAGCUCAGCAAUGAGCUGGCGGUGCUGGCGAACAUCGAGAAAGAAUUCAAGAAUGACUACCGCCGUCUGUCGAGCCAGUGUAAGGAUUACGUGGUGGGCUUGCUGGAUCUGUGUCGCAGCACGGAGGAGGUGGAGGCAAUCCUGAACGGAGAAACAGACUCUGAGGACAGCUAUGAUCUACCUGGUCGCCAGUCACUCGCCCGGCUCAAAUUAGCCAUCAAAUAUGAGCUCAAGAAGUUUGUGGCUCAUCCAAACUGCCAGCAGCAGUUGUUGAGUAUCUGGUAUGAGAGUCUGCCUGGCCUGAGACAACAGACGACUGCUAUCAAGCUGCUGGUGGUGCUGGGAGUUGCUAUAGGGCUGCCUGGCCUGGCUCUGGCUUACUGGGUUGCCCCUUGCAGCAGAGUGGGGAAGGUGAUGCGUAGCCCCUUCAUGAAGUUCGUGGCCCACGCCUCCUCCUUCACCAUUUUCCUGUGCCUCCUCGUCCUGAACGCUGCUGACCGCUUUGCCGGCACCACUCUGCUGCCCAACAUGACCCACCACCACCUUGCAGAAGGACCCUGGCUCAACUACAGCCCUAAGCCGGACCCGCUGCUGCUCUACCGCAUGACCACAACACCCUUCACCUGGAUGGAGAUCCUUAUCAUAUCCUGGGUCAUAGGUAUGAUCUGGGCCGAGGUGAAGGAGAUCUGGAGUCAGGGUCCAGGAGAAUACCUGGUCGAACCCUGGAACUUCCUGGACUUUGGCAUGUUGGCAAUCUUCCUGGCCUCCUUCAGCUGCCGCUUCUCAGCAUUAAAACAUGCAGACGCAGCCCAGACCUAUGUGCACAAACACUACACAACACUGACUAAUGUUACACUGCCCCCAGAGAUACAUUACUUUACACUGGCACGUAUCUACUGGUUACCAUCGGAUCCCCAGCUGGUGUCCGAGGGCCUGUACGCCGUGGCGGUCGUCCUGAGUUUCUCUCGGAUUGCCUACAUCCUCCCGGCCAAUGAGAGCUUCGGUCCGCUGCAGAUCUCUCUGGGCAGGACGGUCAAGGACAUCUUCAAGUUCAUGGUCAUCUUCAUCUUGGUCUUUCUGGCAUUCAUGAUCGGCAUGUUCAACCUCUACUCCUACUAUCUGGGAGCCAAACAGAACGAUGCUUUCACCACACUGGAGGAGAGCUUCAAGACAUUGUUCUGGGCUAUAUUUGGACUGUCAGAGGUCAAGUCUGUUGUGAUUAACAACGGACACAAAUUCAUCGAGAACAUCGGAUACGUGCUCUACGGGGUUUACAACGUUACCAUGGUGAUCGUAUUGCUCAACAUGCUCAUCGCCAUGAUUAACAGCUCUUUCCAGGAGAUUGAGGACGAUGCUGAUGUUGAGUGGAAGUUUGCUCGCGCCAAACUGUGGUUCUCGUAUUUUGAAGAGGGCAGGACGCUCCCUGUGCCUUUUAACCUGGUUCCCAGUCCUAAAUCUAUGCUGGGACUGGCCACUGGCAUCAAAUCUCUGCUCCUGCAACACUUGGCAGGGCACGGUGAAGGCACAGACGGUGCACAGCUCCACCAGCUUGGAGAGGGAAAAACUUCAGGAUAUGGUGGUUCUUCCAGCCCUACUCGGUAUCAGAAGAUCAUGAAGCGACUGAUAAAGCGUUACAUCAUCAAAGCGCAGGCCGACAGAGAGAGUGAUGAGAUCACUGAGGGAGAGCUGAAGGAAAUCAAGCAAGACAUCUCCAGUCUGCGCUACGAGCUGCUGGAGGAGAAAUCUAAGAACAUGGAGACACUGGAGGGACUGCUGAGGAGGCUAGGAGAGAUCAGUUCACCUUCAUAGUAUCUCCUACACACACACACACACAAUGUAAAACAUCAAAAUAAAGGACAUCAACGAUGGCAAUAUCUCAGAUCUCUGUUGCUGAGUAUGUCAUGUGACUUCAGUGCCUUAAAUGUAGCUCAUUCAGACUUGUACAGCUUUAAGACUUUAAAUGCCCACACUGCAUCACUAAAUGUAGAUAUAGAAUAGUGGUGAA